GUAUCGGCCAUCCUUCUCUGGUCUCACUCAGAGGCUGCACGACCGAUCAACGUGAGAUACUGAGAGGAUCUACGUCAUGAACGGCCUCAUCUGCUUUGUCGCCGUCUGCAUCGGCAUUGCAAAUGCUCAGUUACCAGACCGUUGUGGUGAAGAGGCAGUGUCUGGGAGAAUUUUGGGUGGUCAAAACGUUUUGAGGUGCACGUGGCCCUACACCCCUCUAGUCAGCAUCAGGAUCUACUACAACUCCAACUUUGGCAAUGACUUCAACUUCGGCAACCUCACAAUCUGUGGUGGAGCAAUCAUCAGUGAUCAGCACAUUCUUACUUCCGCUGUGUGUGCUGCUCCAUUGUACGGACUAAGUGCAGCCAUAGUACGUCAGUCGACACGAGUUGUCGUUGGAGACUUCGACGCCAGACUCACAGACUUCGGUAAUGACGGCCGCCCCGAAGAUGUCAUAGAACUGGAAGAUGUGAAGAUUCACCGAGACUAUGACAACAUCACCACAAGCAACAACAUUGCUAUCUUCAAGCUGAGAACACGCAUCCAGUACAACAACUGCAAACAGCCGGCUUGCCUGGAAGCUCAGCGCACCUCAGCUACAAGCACAUGUGACAUACCGGAAGUAGAUGACACGUGCAUCAUGGCUUCAGUUGGACUUAAAAGUCCCAACGAUGCAGAAGCAUCUAAUAUCCCCCAACAGGCUCCCAUCAAGCUCCUCAGCAGACAGGUUACCGAAGCCAUUGCAAGACAAGCUCCUAACAACCCUCUCCCAGCUGGCACCGUCAUUGGCAGAACCGAGAGCCCGUCGGUCCAAGCCUGUCUGUUCGACUGGGGCGGUAUUGUGGUGUGCCGGAGGUCCAACAAGUGGUGGCUUAGAGGCAUCAUCAGUACCAACAACUGCCUCGUCAGCAACGGCGGAGUGGCGACACCCGAGCCUCCCAUCUUCAUCACCGAGGUGGCAAACUACAAGGACUGGAUCCAGACCUGCGCGGAGAACAUUUCCGCUUGUCCAACUCUAUAAACAAUAAGGGAUUGCCGGGGAUGCAUCACAGAAAACAUCUGAUGAUGAUCGCACCAAGAAUACCACUUCUAUAAUGAUAUAUUUCCUAUCUAAAUGCAUCUGCGUUUGCCGUUUAUGCUGUACAUACAACAGUUGCUAUUACGUGUCUUGUGUGGGUUGUUCAUGUUGACAAAUAAAUUUGUAAGGAAUGUCA